GUCAUCCUACACUUCAAAUUUGUGCAGUUUUUAACCUGUCAGCCAAAGAUACCUGCGAUUACAACUGUCAGAGCUUUGCCAGAUUCUUCAGCAGCACCUCACUCUGCACCAGCCACUUCCCCAGCCACGCCCAUUCAUCAGGCUCACACUCCUGUCACUCAUUCUCUCUACCCUGCCUACUGAGCCCUUACACCUGCAGCUGAUCAAUCAGCUGAUCAGCUGCACUAUAUCAGGCCUCCCUCCACACACACACUUUGUCUGGCCUUGCCAAUGCUGUAUGAAGGACCCAGCCAAAGACUUGCUCCCUCGCCUGCUAAAUUUUUUGGAAGUGCACGUCGAGCUAUGGCAGAGGGGUCUGCGGGGGUAUGCUGUCGAUUCGACGCAGAAGCAUAAAACAGGCAUAAGGCAUUACAGACCCAACCAAAGUGUUGUUGUCUAUAUGUCAUAUCAAAGAAAAAGGAUAAAUACCCUGUUCAACCUUCUAUACCUUUAAGAAAGCCAUAACAUAAUCCAUAACAUAUGAUGCUAGUCAUCUUGAUACUGUAGAACUCCGCUAUCUCAGUGUAUUGCAAUGGAUGUACUGCUUAACAGGAAGUUCGGAGCGCGGGCAAAGAUGGCGCCCCCCGUGUUUGCACGCAGAAUAAGGCUGUGAAAAGUCAUGGAAAUUUCAUUCAAGGUCUUCAAAUUUCUUCAGUGAAAGUAGAACUCAAGUAAGAUAGCCAGCUUGUUUAGGACCCCCUGAACACUAUCAACUUUACUGUCUAUGAGGGAUUUAUGCGCCAAGAGCUCAUGAGGAAGAGGAGGAGGAGGAAGGCUCUGUGGCUGGUGCUUGGGCUCCUCUGCCUGUCCCUGGUGACCGUGGCCCUGGGCACUUACUGCUCAACACGCACUGAGAGUCUCAGCAUCACCGGCUACAUCUCGGGAGUCAUUUUGGCUUUCGGCUCAUUCCUGGGUGUUCUUGGGCUGCGGCUGGAGGAAAACCGAAAACAACUGCUGGUUGCCUCCAUCGUGUUCCUGAGCUUCGGCAUCAUGGCGUCUUUCCUGUCUGUGGUGGUGGACGGGGUGUUCAUUCUUCUCAGCGUUGACAUUCGACCACUGAAAGCGGGACGAUGCCAGUUUUACACCAGUGGGAACAGCUUCAUCUAUGAGAAUUACUAUGCGUCGGUUCCAUGCCAGGGCCUGAUGGAGACGUGCAGCAUGAAGGUGCGCAGUGGGACCUGCUACUGCUGUGACCUCUACGACUGUGCCAAUGGAGGCUACCUGAACAACUACUAUGAGUUUGUGGGGGUGCAGAGCUGCCAGGAGGUGCUGUCUCUCUACGUGUGCAUGUGGUUGCUGACCAGCCUCAACCUGCUAGCUUUCGUGCUGGCCAUUAUGACCACCGCUGUGCUGGGAAGCAUUAAGGACCUGAAAAAAGACAUGGUUGGCCCAGAGUCGACCAGGGGGGGAUGUUUUGCUCCGCUUAGUCCACUCGGAGAGCCUGCCUCCCUGCCCUCCGCACCUCUGCUGGCAGACCCAAGCCUACAGCCCGGAGGUCUGCUGUACCCGAGAGCCUCCCUGUAUGCGGCUGCGGGCAGCUCAGUGAGUGACUCGACCCCGUCGGACCCCCACCCUCCACCGUUCGCACCCCUCUACAACCUGCUCCCCUACAGACUGCAAGGCUGUACCGCCUAACAGCCAGCACCAAACAGACCUGCCCCCCCAACCCCCCCCCACCCCCAAAACAAACUCCCAUUCACAACCAGCCACUCCUCCGGCAACCAUCACCAUGUGGGAUUGCCACUAGAGAGCAUCUUCUUCAAUUUAUGUUUGUCUUGAAAUCAAUGUGGUUUAACUUUCCCUUUGAGUAUGCCGAAUUGUAUUUCAUUUGAAAAAGUGUAUAUUUCUGUCAUCAGCAACCACUCCACCAGUCUUAUACAUUAACAGUCUGCAAAGUGCAAAGUGAGACAUGUCCAUACAUGGGGUAUUGAAGCUUUGGCCAUCUCUUCUGACUAAGUAAGUCAUAUUUCAUGCAGAGA